AUGGCAUUCGCUGUUGCUGAGGCGAUCCUCAAGAAGCUGGCUCCCCUUGCUGCAGAGCAAGCGGGUCUCCUGUGGAGCUUUAAGAGCGAUUUUCUGAAACUGAAAAGCACAGUUUCCUCGAUACGUGCGGUGUUGUUGGAUGCUGAUGAGCAAUCGGGUAUGAACCAUCAGGUUCGAGACUGGCUCGAUGAACUGAAACAGGUCCUUUAUGAUGCUGAUGACUUGCUGGAUGAUUUCUCCACGGAGGCACUCUUGAAGCAACGAAGGAAUGAUGGGAAUCGCUGUGUGAACGAGGUAUGCCUCUUCUUUACGCGUUCCAACCAAUUGGUUAGUGGUCUUGUGAUGGCUCAUCGGUUGAAGGCCAUCAGGACCAAGCUAGAUGAGAUUGAUGAGAAUCGGAGGAAGUUUAAUCUUGAAACGCGCCUUCAAGAUCCGGCUGCUGCUGCUGCGAUCAAGCACGAGAGGCAGACUGACUCCUUUGUUCCAUAUGGAUUUGUUGGGAGGGAGGAAGAUAAGAAGAAAAUAAUUGCUAUGUUGUUGUCAUCGACCAACGAUGAGCAGAAAAUUGAGGUUAUUCCGAUUCUUGGAAUGGGGGGUCUCGGGAAAACCGCUUUGGCUCAGUGUAUCUACAACGAUAAGAAUGUGUCUACUUGUUUUCAGUUAAAAAUUUGGAUAUGUGUUUCGGAUAAUUUCGAUCAAGCACUAUUGGUGAGGAAGAUGUUGGAGUCUAUAACCAAACGUAAAGUGGAAGAUCUUGACUUGGACAUCUUGAAGGGGGAACUUAAGAAGGAGAUGGGUAAUAAGAGGUUCUUGUUAGUGUUGGAUGAUGUUUGGGAUCAUGGUGACUACAAGGGCAAGUGGGAUAGCUUGAUGAGCUUUUGGUUGCAGGUCGAGGCAGCUGGUAGCAAAAUUAUCGUCACUACUCGUCUUGGAGGUGUCGCGAAUUACUUCGCAACGAAGGGGAUUAAACCACACAAGCUAAAAGGUUUAUCUGAGCAAGAAUCGUGGGUUUUGUUUGAACAAAUAGCAUUUAAGGGUGAAGUGGAAAGUGGUGAAAGAUUUGUAUACAUAGGGAAAGAGGUCAUGAGAAGGUGCAUGGGAGUUCCUUUGGCCAUAAGGGUGAUUGCAGGUGCCCUUUCAUCUAAGAGCAACAUUGUUGAUUGGGUGGCUAUAAGAGAUAAACAAGCAAUGUUUGAUGGGGAUGAUGAGAGAAAGAUUUUGGGUACUCUUAAAUUGAGUUAUGACAAUCUGCCUUCUGAACUGAAAUCAUGUUUUGUUUAUUGCAGCUUGUUUCCGAAAGAUUUUGAUAUUGAUGUGAAAUUGUUGGUGCAAAUUUGGAUGGGGCAAGGAUUUAUCAACUCUAGUCAAUCGUCAUCUGCUUCAUUUGAGGUCGGAGUUGAAUAUUUCAAGAGUUUGCUGUCUAGGUUCUUUUUCCAAGAGCCAAAAAGUGAUGCAUGGGGGAAUGUAAAGUGGUGUAAGAUGCAUGAUUUGAUGCAUGAUGUAGCCCUGGGGAUUGCAAGUGAGGAGAUCGUAGCUUUAAAAGCUUUAGAUUCGAUGGAAGGUCGUGGCAAUUCUGAUAGGCUUCGACACAUAUCAUUUGAUUUUGAAGAAAAACCAACAGAGACAUGGAAAGCUCCAGAUGCGUUGGCUAGUGCAACAGUACUGCGGACUUUUCUUCCUAUAAAUACACCCUAUUAUGGCAUUGGUGGCAUCGAGGAGCAGAACUGUGAGAUGAUCUUCUCAAAUAAUACUAGGCUGAGAGUUUUAAGUCUCCACGGUGCUAAACUGGAGAGUGUGGCCCGCUCCAUCCAUAAGUUGACACAUCUCAGGUACCUAAAUCUUGGUCACAACCUUAUGGAGGUGCUCCCAGGCGAGAUUACGAUACUAGUAAAUUUACAAGUGCUCAUACUAAAUUAUUGUGAGAAUCUCGAGCAAUUGCCAAGAGAUAUUGUGAAAUUGACUGAUCUCGAGUUUCUUAGCCUUGUUCGGUGUUCGAGUUUGAAAGGCUUGCCACUUGGGAUCGGGCGUCUCACUCGUCUAAGAGAAUUGUCCCUAUUCGUUGUGUCAGCUCCAUCAGACUAUUCACAUGGGGCAGUCGCAGCUAGAAUCAGCGAGCUGGAGCAUCUCGACAAUCUAAGUGAAGAAUUGGAGAUCAGAAAUCUGGAAUUGGUGAAGGAUGAGGCUGAAGCGAAAGCAGCAAGUUUGUUUCGGAAGCAACAUCUUCAAGCCUUGACAUUGAAGUGGAGCUUACCGAGACGAGUUUUUGCUGGCAGGGAUGUUGGGGUACUAAAGGCGUUGGAGCCACAUAAGAAUUUGAAGGAGCUAAAGCUGAAUGGUUAUGGCGGUCACAGUCUACCUAGCUGGUUCUCUACUACUCUCCAGAAUCUGAUUCGCUUGACAUUGUCUAAUUUAGGUCGCUUAAAGUACAUCGAGGAUGACGCUGGGCAGUUUCUUCCCCGCUUGAAAUAUCUCUGGAUUCGCAACUGCCCCAGACUAGUAAGCUGGAGGUCAACCACAGAGAUAGAAAUGCCGCAGUUCCCUUCUCUUUCAGAUCUCCGCAUUGAGAAGUGCCCGAAACUGGUACGGCUUCCUCAUAUUUCGGCGGAUAUUGAUACGGUUUACUUAAAUUAUGUUGACCGCAAACUGUUGGACCAGUUUGUUGCCUCAUUUCCACCACCCAGCUCCCCUUCGCGGAUCAAGAAUCUGACAAUUUGCGAGAUAAGAGGCCUUCGAAUUUUGCCGCAAGGUUUACUGCCUCAUCUUGCAUCCCUUGAAUAUUUGUGGAUAUGGGGUUGCCCGAACCUAAUGAAUCUGUAUCCACCGGCUACUAGUCAACAACAACAUCUCACUUCCCUCCAGUUCUCUGCCCUUUCAAACCUCCGUCGCUUUUAUAUCUUUCAUCUUCCAGGGAUAAAGCGUCUACCAGAGUGGCUUCAGCAUUCCUCUAACUUGCAGGUGCUGUCGAUUCAUGAUUGCGACGGUCUGAAGUGCUUGCCAAAAUGGCUACCCAAGCUUACAGCGCUAGAUACUCUGAUAGUAAGCGGCUGUCAUUUUCUAUCAGCCAGAUUGAAGAGUAGAACGGCCGAGGACUGGCCCAAAGUUGCUCACAUUCGGAAGAUUGAUAUUGAUGGCACCAAAGUACAAAGGGACGGUAACUACAUGAGAGUAGAAGAGCCAGCAGACGAAAACCAACUUCAAGAACAAGAAGCAAGUGGAGGAGAAGAAGAAGAAGAAGAAGAAGAAGAACAACAACAACAACAAGAAUUAUUCAGUGAAGAAGAAGAUGUUGACGAUGCUGAUAAUAAUGAUGAUUGCGAGGAAGAAGAAGAAGAUGAUGAUGAUGAUAAUGAUGACGAGGAAGAAGAAGGACUAUCCUCGUGCAUUCCGUCUCCAAGGCUCUAUUCCUGGAAAAGUUUUUGCCUUGGUAUCCUGUCUAUGGAAGCAGAUAUUCAAGCAACUGUAUUGUUUUUCAGGAUGACAUUGAUGACGUACAAGCACAAGACUCAUGUUGUUGAUUCUGAUCGAAGGAUUAUCUCCGAUGUCGAUGUCGACUUCUACAUUAAUGAUGACGAGAUACAUGUUGUGGACUCAAACCACUUGAAGGAGAAGAAGAAGAAGAACAACAACAACAACAACAACAACAAUUAUUCAGUCAGGGAGAUGAUGAUGAUGACGUUUUUUAUAAUUAUGAUGAGGGCGAGGAAAAGAGAAGAUAAGAAUGAUGAGGACGAGGCAAAAGAAGAACUACCCUUUGGUACUCCGUCUCCGAGGAUGUUGUCAAGCUAGUGAUCACUCUAAUGACACUAUCAAGUCUGCACAUUCAUUUGUGAGACGUCUAUGGCGUACAAACUUGUUCUCUUGGAUCAAAUUUCACAAUUGCAUUCUAUGUUUCUUGCCGAUAGUUGCAUCUUGAUUGUUUUCGACCACCAGCUUGAACUUCCAUCCUGUCGCACUAGUUUUGUGUUUUUAAUUUCGUUCUCGUACACUUUGUAAUAUUUUGGAGUUGGGCCUGAUAGUGAGAGAUUUUGUAAUAAUGCAGCUGUCACUGGCUUGAAGUAACAGAUUCAUUUGCAGCAGCAAACUCCUCAACACUGUC